UGUCUAGAAACAAGCGCAUGCGCAGGUCGAUGCGUGCGUGCCAUUGACUCAGGCGUUGACAACUGAAGGUUUGGGGCCGACCCUUGUUUUUUUACUAGGAAUGUGUGUCGAAUAUCGGUGCGCGGCCUUUGGAUAUUACGAGUGAUUGGAACGUCGCCCACGAAACGAUCAAUGUCCUAUGCUUCGCACCACCUGAAGAAUGGAUAUUCGCUACGCGAAAGAAGACCCACUAGCCUCGAUUCAAGAUCCGACUGUGCCUGGCGGUGCGUGAUGGGGGGCUGCGCCCUGUAACCUGGGGCCUUAAGCAGCCAUGUCUAAGAGCCGCUAUGUGCUCCAAGUGCAUGUGGGGGCAUUCAGCAACCUAUACGAAGCACUUUCCAUCGAAGCCAGCAAGCAGACAACAGCCGCUGACAUUGUCGCCUGCAUUGCUGAGAAGCUGGGCCUGUCGCUGCCACGGGACCUUGAGCUUGCUGAAGUGGUCCACAAUGCCAAUGGAGAGGAGUGCAAGGAGCGACACUUGGGUCCAGACGAAUUCCCGGUGCAGCUGCAGCUGCUGUGGCCUCAGCAGGACACACACCGGUUCUGCCUACGCGAGCGCCUGUCGGCGCAGUCGGCACUGGCGCUGCCUGGCACCAACUCGGCUGACGCACACUUGCUGCAGGACUACUUCCUGCGCUUUCUCUACCACCAGCCGCGGGACCGUGACUACUCCGACCUGUGCCAGCUGCCAGAUCUGACGGAGCAGACGCUUCUAGAGAACCUCAAGGCACGCUUCGAGCGGGGUCACAUUUACACCUACGUUGGGUCCAUCCUCAUUGCUGUCAAUCCUUUCAAGUUUUACCCCAUCUACAACCCCAAAUAUGUUCGGCUGUACCAAAAUCGGCGGCUUGGUGACUUGCCCCCUCACAUCUUUGCCGUGGCGGAUGCGGCCUACCAUGCUAUGCUGCGCUCCCACUCCAGCCAGUGUGUGGUCAUCUCGGGAGAAAGCGGCUCAGGCAAGACGGAGAGUGCCAACUUGCUGCUGCACCACCUGACGGCUCUCAGCCAAAAGGGCUCAUAUGGCCGGGGUGUUGAGCAGACCAUACUUAGCGCUGGCCCUGUCCUGGAGGCUUUUGGGAAUGCCAAGACCAAGCACAACAACAAUUCAAGUCGGUUUGGCAAGUUUAUCCAAGUCAACUACAGAGAGAACGGCAUGGUUCAUGGAGCUGUAGUGCAGAAGUACCUGUUGGAGAAGUCACGCAUCGUGUCUCAGGCCAAGAAGGAGCGUAACUAUCAUGUCUUCUACUACCUGCUGGCGGGGGCCUCCAAGGAAGAGCGUGAGGAGUUGCACCUGACUCGUCCUGAAGACUAUUACUACCUCAACCAGAGUCAGUGCUACACCUUGGAAGGCACAGAUGAAGCACAAGAGUACACCAAGUUGAUGGAAUCCAUGCGCAUGGUUGGAUUCAACCUUGACAAACGGAAAAGGUUGAUUCGAGUGUUGUCAGCUGUGUUGCACCUUGGAAACAUUGAGUUUAGCAAGAAGUCAACUUACCACAGUGAUGAAGCAGUGCAAGUAAAGAAUCCUGAAGUGCUUUCCCUAAUCUCCUCUCUUCUUGGGGUCAAGGAAGAAACACUCAAUUCUGCCCUGACCACAAAACGUGCCAAAGCCCCUGGGGAGACGUUAGUCAUUAGCUACAAAAUGCCAGAGGCUGUGGCUACGCGAGAUGCUAUGGCCAAGUGUCUCUACGGAGCUCUCUUUGACUGGAUUGUUAUGCAAGUGAACCAUGCCCUGCUGUCUGCUAAGGACCUUCGGGAACAUAAGGGGAACAGCAUAAGCGUGCUGGACAUAUUUGGAUUCGAGGACUUUGGUGAUCACAACAACUUCGAGCAGUUUUGCAUCAACUUUGCCAAUGAGCACCUGCAGUACUACUUCAACCAGCAUGUCUUCAAGUAUGAACAGGAGGAGUACCAGAAAGAAGGCAUUCAAUGGAAGAACAUUGAGUUUACAGACAACACGGGCUGCCUAAAUCUGAUUGAGGGGAAGCCCCAUGGCCUGCUUUGCCUGCUGAAUGACCAGUGCAACUUCUCUGGGGCCACAAAUGCUAUGCUGCUGCAGAAGUUCGUGAAUCACCAUAAGAAGAACCCUUUCUAUGACAUGCCUCAAAAGCGGGAGAAUGCUUUCCUGGUGCACCACUAUGCCGGCCGGGUCAAGUAUCAGAUCAAGGACUUCAAGGAGAAGAACUUGGACUUGAUGCGGCCUGAUGUGGUGAUGGUGCUGAAAAGCUCGAGCGUUGCACUGGUUCGAGAAUUGGUGGGCGCCGACCCUGUGGCCUUGUUCCGCUGGGCCAUCUUGCGAGCCUUCUUCCGCUCUUACCAUGCACUGAGGCGCACCACCUCGCAAAGUCAAGGACAUACAAACUCUAGUUCCAAGAGGCCAUCUUCGGCGUACAGAGGAAGGCACUCCGGUGAUGGAUAUUCCAACAGCAACCAAGUCUCUUCAAGGCGGACAUCUCUCGGCACGGGCGCGUGCCCUGGCAGUUUUGCAGCCACCUCCUGCCCUGUGCACCGUGGAAACACGCACCUCUGUGCCAGCGAGGCCAGUGUUCUCGAACGAGCGAACCAAAUUAUGAUGCAAGUUGCCUUUUUCCUCUAUCUUUCGCCUUGUUAUGAACUAGCUGUCUUUGCUACUCUGAGUGCAUGGUUGUCUGACAAACUCCACACCAGCUGUAGCCAAACUUUACUCGUGUCACUUAUACGAACUAUUGUUGUUGAUUCUUUCUGGUGCAGGAAAAACAAGAACACCAGGUCACGAAAUAGAGUGGACAAGGGGCUCAAGAACUUGCAGAGUGUGAAAACAGUUGUUGGGAAGACACAUCCUCACCCUCAACGCACAGGCAGAAAGCCCCCAACAGUCACUGCUCAGUUUCAGGUGUCUCUGAGUCACCUCAUGGAAGCUCUUAAUCAGGCCAAUCCAUUUUUUGUCCGCUGCUUAAAGUCAAACGCUGGCAAGGUGCCAUGCUCCUUUAACGAGGGUGUCAUCCUUCAGCAGCUGAGGUACACGGGAAUGUUGGAGACAGUUAGGAUACGGCAGUCUGGCUACAGUGUUCGCCUGCCAUUCGAGGAGUUCAUCCAGCGCUACAGGGUGCUGCUGCCACGUGGACUCAUCAGUUCCAGAAGUGACAUCCGGGACUUCCUGCUUCGUAUCAACCUUGAUCGCAACAACUACCAGAUGGGGAAGACCAAGGUGUUCCUGCGUGAGAGCGAGAAGCUGAAACUUGAUGAGCUGCUGCAUCUCCAGAUUCUUCAGCGCAUCAUCACAGUGCAGCGCUACAUCAGAGCCUGGCUGCAGCGUAGGCACUUCCGUAUGCUGCGUGCUGCGGUCGUCAGGCUACAGUGCCAUGCGAGGGGCUACCUGCUGCGGAGGCGCUUGGCACUGGAAAGGGCGCAGCACGAGGCGGCCAUUGUGGUUCAACGAAGCUGGCGCCGGUACAAGAACACUCGAAGGGUCCACCAGCUGCAUCACUCCAUUGUGGCAUUCCAGGCUGCGUGCAGGGGAUACCUCUUCAGGAGAAGGCUGGCCAACAGUCAGCAGCAGCGCCGAGUCUCAGCCUUCCGAGGACAGAAGGAGGCCUUGCUUCCCAAUGGCAUUGCAGGUGUCGAACAACUGCUGCGUCGUUCCAUCGACUCAGAAGAGAGUACACACGAAGAUUCCGAAAACGAGAGCCUGGCAUCAGAAGGAGGUGGUAACGGCUUGGCCUCGCCACCACUAUCUCCCGGAGCUGAGGGCUCUGUGACGAUGCGUGGGGAAGGCACCUUCAGGGAGAAGAAGAACCUGAUCCACAAGCUGAGCACAAGUGAGGCCAGCAACCUCCCACUCAAGGGCAAGGAGAUGGAAAAGGUACCCGUCAGAAAAUGCCUUUCAGAAAUAACUCCUGACAACUCGUUCAACAAGGAAGUUCCUGAACAACAGAAGAAAAGGAGCCCAUCCGGGUCUAGCCAGCAAAAUAAUGUUCAAGAGGACAGCAACCUCGGUUUGGUGAAGGAAGAGAUGAAAGGUCCUCUGCACAAAGCGCGCAAGCACCUCAAGACCUUCAUCGGCAGCAAGAAGGACAAGAAGGAGAACAGGGAUGACACGGAUGAAUCGGGUGGAGAAGAUGCCCUGUCACUUCGUUCUGAGGGUCUUUGUACAGAACCCAUGCCUGGAGAAAGGAAGCAGUCGAUGUCACACUCACUCAAGCCUUUCAGUACCCGGUCAAAAAGUGAGCUGUGUUCGGUCUGCAGACGCAGCAUGACCCUCUUCAUCAAUCAGGGAACCAAGUGCUCCCGCUGCAAACUGCUGUUCCACCUUGAGUGCAAGUACUAUGCGGAAAAGGUGCCUUGCCGGGGAAGCACCUGUGCGGGAGGUGGGGAACCAACUCCCCCGGCUCGUUCCCACAAGCUCAACCGGACACCGAGCCUGUCUGUGGAGACGGGCAUGUACCAGCCCCACACAACCCUCCAGUCGCAGCAGGGCCCGCAUGCUCUUCAGCAGCACCAACAAGGUGGAUCGUGGAACGUUACACGGACAGCUGAGUUCAAGGACCCAGGGGACAUCCUCAUCACAGAUGUUUCAGAACUCACGAACCUGGACUCCUUUCUUGUCAAAAAGGUGGGCUACCUUUCAAGUGCGAGUAAAAAGAGAGAUUCAGCAGUGGACAUGGUUUUCAAAAAGGCUCUGAAAAGCUUCAAGUCAAAUCUCAUCAGCACAUACUCCGUGGCUGCUCAGGAUGGCCGGUUAUGUCUACGAUACAAGGACCUAACAGACCACUUUGAGCAAGUGGCACGGUCUGUCAUUGACCAGGAGUGCUCAAGCGAGACAUUUCCUCUCACUAUGGCUGUCAAUGCUUUCCGUGUGUUCCUGGAUGAAUUCCGCAACCUCUACCGUUCUGAGAACAAGCCCAAAAGCAAGGGAAAGAAAAGAAAGCGGAAAAAGAAGGCAUCUCAGCUAAUUGAGCACUGUGGUCACAUAUUUGCACUUGUGGUGAUCAACAUUCCAACAGCCUGCGAAGUGUGCAGCAACUCCCUCUGGCUCACCGAGCGAGGCCUUGUGUGCCAAGGUUGCAAGCUCACUUGUCACAAGAAGUGCUAUCAGAAAGUCAGUUCCUCAUGUAGAGAUGUCAACAUUCUUCAGGGCCGCAAAGUGUUUGGUGUGCCGCUGGAUCGGCUCGUGGGCGAUGACGUGCGCAUUCCCGUCGUGGUGGAGCGGCUCAUUACCACCAUUGAACUGAAGGGUCUCUACGUUGAGGGCAUCUACCGAAAAUCCGGCAUUACUUCCAGAGUGACACAACUCAAACAGGACAUGGACGAUGAUCCUGAAGGUGUAGACCUGGAUAGUUAUCCCAUCCAUGUGUUGACAGCAACACUAAAGGCCUUCUUUCGUGACAUGCCUGAGCCCCUCAUGACUUUUGAGCUUUAUGAGAGCUUUCUUCUGGCCACAAAUUUCCAAGACCCUGAGGAAAGAGCACAGGCUAUUUUCAUGGAGACCAAGAAGCUUCCUCCAGCACACUAUGACCUCUUUGAGAGGCUGGCGUUUCAUCUUGCAAGGGUGGCUCAACACCAGGAGUUCAACCGCAUGUCGCCCGAAUCACUGGCCAUUGUCUUUGCACCGUGCAUUUUACGCACCAACAAGCGACUGCAAGCGCAGGACACGCUUGACUGUGUCAACAAGCAGACCAUCUGUGUCCGGUGCAUCAUCCAGGAACAGCUGAAGAAAGUACAGAACACUUUAGCAGACAUUGACACACUGGACACUGCUGUCAGCACUGUUGUUACAAGGCUGAGUUCACUGCGUUCUUCAAGGCUGUCACUAGCGGUGGAGACAAACGGCAGCCAGCUUCCUCCACCAAUCAGCAGCCGGGAUGAUGAAGAGGAAGAGGCUCUACUUACACAGCAGAUAGAGAGCCUGGAGAAGGAAAAGGCGCUGCUGACUACAGUGCUUCCAACAUUGGCCCUAAGUGGAUCUGAUGAUGAUCUGCUAAGCACAGACAUGGACAGUGCUGCGGGAAGCCUCGAUGAUGUUCGGCCUUUCGAUGAUGCUGGUGCAAUGGCUCAAGGCGACCAGAGGCAUCACCCCAAGACACGAGUCUCAACGCCAUUGCGCCGUUUGCAGCCGGCUCGCUUCCCACCUGGCACUGGCUCGGGUGGCUCGGCGUCAGGCCUGUCGGCUUCGGCCUCGGACACCAGUGUUGUCUCACUCUAUAAGCCCACCGAAGUGGAUGACGAGGCCAUCAUGGUGUAGUUGCGAUCAAUGUGCCAUGGACUGUGCUGCAAUGCUUCACUGUUCCCAUUGAUGGGCUCCCCAUUGGUGUAGUGUUGCGCAAAGCAUUCCUGUAUCUGGUCGUGAUGUCUGCAGUUUGCAGAAUAAGGUCCCACAUGUUUAAGGAUGUGCAGGCGAUUAAAUCAAUUUUUAGGACGCGGACAAAUUAAUAGCGAUUAGGUAGUAGCUCUCAGAGCAUGUGUUCUUCCAUUUGCUUUAUUGCAAUGAAGCUAAUUGUUGACUGGGCCGGGUUACAAUCGAUUUUUCUUUUCCCACGGGCAAUAUUUAAACACUGCGAGACAGUGGAGCAUCCCCUGCCUUCUUGGUGACACAGCAGGUGGAACUUGUUGCACCUCUAUUGCUCUGCAACUCACAGUGAACUGUUUGUGCAGAAACUAUAAAAAAAAAAAAAGAUGUGAUGCGCAUAUGGGGAUGAUGGACAAACAGGCUGGUGUGCACGUGUGCCACAUUUUUGCAUUUCUGGUGAUAAGCAGAUCACAGAAGUGGCUGUUGGCUUUCUGCCCGUUGUGGUAGCUCUGCAAGCACAAAAUGCGGGGCUGACGUGUGCGUCCAUCUCCGAGAGCAUCAAGGCUCUGUUGGCCUGAUAUUUCAGCCGGUACGAACAAGUGCUUGCUUUACUACUCUUCACCACGUGAGAGGCAGUAUGCUAAGAGUGGUUAGCAGAGGUGAAAGCUUGAGAGGCUGUGUGCAACUUAAUUUUUUAAAGAGAUCUAUAUGGCAGUGGUUUGCUGUAACUGCUUAUUUUGUCAAAGUGAACACCUUGUACGCCCGAAGAUCGUCUUCAUCUGUAAAUUGUCCCCGCUAGCAUGUUUCAUCAGAUGUGCAUUUGUUCAGGCUUAUAUAGCCCAAGAGAACACUUCCAUUUUAAUAUUUCCCCUCCUGUCUUUUUCUGGACAUUGUGAUGAUGUCCCUCUUACCGUCUAUCAGAUUUAGUUGUUUGUGCAACGCUAUUUUCAUUUGCCUUUGAUGUUGUCAACUUUGAUGUUGUGAACGGUGGAUUGAACACCUUGUCUUUUUGAGCCCUUCUUUUCUGAGGGGCAGGUUUCCUCAUUUUGCUCUGCCACUUGUGUGUCUCAAUUCUCGUGCUGCAAGCAGCUGCUUUUACCAUGUUGUUCGUUGCUGCAAAAAAAAGGAAGUGUGCAUCCGUCUUGCAUAAGUGACACACUGUGAAGAAAUCUCAAAGUCUGCUGUGGCAAAGGUGUCCCGUCCCUUCUUCGUUCUUACACUACGCUUGGCAUUAACUUUCGUGGAAUGACAAUUACCUGUUGAGUUUUUAGAGGAUGUUUUUGACCUUUAUUAUGGUGGCCAAAUGUAACUUCGUCCUAAAGGGAGGCAUUUGAUCUUAAAGAAUAUUCUUAAUGAUGUCAACCUGCCUAACUAGUGUAGUGGGUAGAUAGGUGCCAGAAAGAGUAGCUUCGUGUGUACUGGUUUGGGCAACUUGUACUGUAGCUGCUCAAGAUGAAUGUCUUCCCCUGCAAACUGCACUUAUGGAGGCAUGAUUCACUGUGGACUCCAGCUGGCAGAAUGCCAGUUUUUUCCUUAAACUAACUCACUGAUUUUUAAUUGCUACAGUUUCUAUAGAACUGGCACACUUUUUUAAUUUGUUUUUUUUUUUUUUUCGUUUGUGUGUGUUGCAAGCUUGUGAUACGCUCGACACUUUUUUUUUCUUCAGCGUCACGAGGUAUUAUGUUCUGUAACUGCCACCGAUAUCUUCUAUUGUACUACUGUGCUGAACACAUGCACGGAACAAAACCGGCUAUAUAUGCAAUGUUUCAUCUAGUCAGUGACAUCCGCGUGAAACACUCCGUGACAAACCAGUUUCAGUAUAAUGCUUAAACUGCCGGGAAUUGGUGUUCUAUAUUUGGUCAGCGACAUUUUUUUUUUUAUGCACAUAUACACUGUGUUUUGUAAAGGUCCAUGUAUUGUUACCAUCUGCAGUUUUGCAAGCUCCUCAACUUCAUGUGCGCUUCCCCCCUCCCUUGCUGGUGGACGGGCUUUUAUUUUUAUGACUGUGUGUCCUGUGGCGAAGGUUGUAACAAUUUUUUUUUCUCCACUGCCCCCUGGUUAUAUUGCAUUUUAGCAUUUGAGUUUGUAAAUGUGACUGGGUCAGAAGUCUUUUUUUAGGGGCCUUAGGAGGCCUUAAUCUGCUCUGCACACUUAACUCAUUUACCAUGCAAUUCUUUUAUAUUUUUAUCUAAAAAACUGAGCCAUCCACAUUGUGAAGCCCUUCUACCAUAAAUGCCGUCUGUUACACUUCAUUCCAAUACGCUCGUCCAGGUGUGGUCCUUCUGCCAUGACCACUUUCUUUUUUUUUGUUAUUCUUUUGACCACUGCUUCGCACACAUUUCACGAUUGUGGAUCACAAUGUGUUUAGACCUUGUGAAAGAUGCCAAAUGUGACGUUGAAUGCCAGCGUUGGAACUGCAACAAAGUUUUCAAGUUACAAAUGCACAUAUUAAAUAAAGCAGGGUGGCACACACAUAUUUCCAGACAUCUUUCUUUCUCUCUUUUUUUUUCCCAUGCCGUUAAAGUGACAUUCACACGACCACUUUUUUUUAUUGAACUAUAUUGAUGUAUGCGCAAGUGUCAAACGACGGUAUGCACAGCUGGUGCAUACCAAAGUUGGUGCUUGCUAUUUACCGGUCUGGACUGUGGUCUCUCUUAUUUGACGAGUGUGGCGCUGAUGGAAUUGGGGAAACUGUCCAGUGUGCCACAGCACAAAUGUACCAGAAGUGUCAAAAAAACAAAAAGGAAAGAAAUGACUACUCUAUUUAUGCCAGUGUUGUCUGUUUAAUGUUGGGUGUGCGAGUGCCGUGGCUUGUACAGAUCGAAGUGCCUUGAUCUUAUUGUGUUGCCUCACCCGUUUUUUUUUUUUUCUCACUUUUUAUUCAUUCAGAGAAGGAAUAGAAUUUUUGCCCUUCUCUUUAUUAUUAUUUUUUUCUUGUGUGUGUGCAUGUGUGUGGCACUGCGACUUUGUGCAAUUGGCAUAAUGUGCAGCGAGGCUUUCUGAGGCCAAGUGGGUGCAAGGCAGGCAGUUGCAUUACACAUUGUUGGAGUUGUUCUGCUGGCUUACUCAUGGUGUUGUACAUUAAACUGUGACUUUGUAAAUUUAUCAUGCUCAAGAUUUUUGUACAAGAAAUGUUUCCUGUGAGUGUUUUUAUUCUUAUUUCUGGAAAUUAAACAUGAAAAAAAGAAAAAAGAA